AUGCUUGCACCAAUCAUAACAAAAGAUAUGGACUUGUUCCCAAAGCGGAACCUAAACGGUAUCAAGAACGUUCGCUCCAGGGCCCAAAGCCUUACCCAGGUCUCCCAGUCGAGAACGCAAAGUCUUCGUGUUCGAGUGGCUCCAGCGAGGCCCCGCACGUCCCAAUCCGUGGGAAACCUACCAACGGCCGGAAGAAGCCCUCCGAAGCUAACCGCAUCCCGUAAAACGACCCUCAAUCCCAUCGAGGAAGGUGUCGAAUGGAGAAGUGACGAUAAGCCGGCUACAGCAUCCGCCGGUUGUCUACCCGAUGAGGCACAGCUUCGUAUCCAACAGCUGCGUGGUCUCCAGGGGAGUCCGGAUGGGAAUCUGCAUGAGGGAAAGGAGAAUAAUGAGGAGCCGAAGGGAAAGAAUGAGAAGUAUUUCCAGGAUGGGAAGAAAAAUCGGGUGAUGCGCUGGAUAACGAAUGCGUUUCGAUCGAGGUCGCGGAGUGAUUCUGGAGAUGAGGCCAUGUCGACGAACAGCAGC